GUCUGGCAGCGACGGAAUUGUUCAGUGUUGGAGGAGAUUCAAUUGCUCAGUGCCAAGCAAUGGGAAACCCUCAUCGAGCAAGCUGGCUUGUCUCUCCCGACGAAGCUGUCUGCCGUCACGGUAUCGCAACUGGCCGAGUCCGACUUCUUCCACUCGGAGUUCAUACGGCAGUGCAUCGACUCAGUGAAGGAGUCGACAAGUUCAUGA